UCGUGCGAGAUCAGUAAGGUUACAUCCAAAACAUAAACUAAGGUUAUUGCAUGUUUCAUAAAAUGCAAAAGUUAUACUCGCAAUUGCCAGACAACAAUUCCAUGCAUACAACACCAUAGGUGUUAGUUAAUCAUUGACGGCUGGGUUACAUGACCAAUGCUGCCAACGUCACGACAACUACACUUGCAGCCGCCACCGCGGCGCUAGAGGCGACGGUGGUCACGGGUUUAGCCGUCGUGGUAGCCACAGGUUUGACCGUGGUGGCGUUGGCAGCUGCACCAGUGGACGCCUUGGCAUAUGCGUACAUGUCCUUGAGGCCCCAGUUGAACUUGGCUGUGCUGACGACGCUGCCCCCUUCAACGGGAAAGUCACAGGGAGGCGAAAUCGCCUUGACCUGGACGACAACGCCGUCCCACCACACCGUGCAGGACUUGGUGGCCACGACUUUGGCGAUGUCCGCGUCUUUCGGAGGCGCCGUUAGUUCAAUGGGGACGCCAGAGUCCGUGGAGCACACUUGCAUUUCAGGCAUGAGGGCGCCCAAGGCAAACACCGUCAUCACAGAUUCCACGCAUUUCUUGGACACGUCUUGUUGGGCGGACGCGCUGGCCACAAGGGCGGCAGUGAACAGGACACGGGACUUCAUGGGGAGAAUUGGACAAUGAACUCCGAGUUGGAGCUGCGUUGUUGGUACGUGAGUGGCUACGUCGUGAGGACGUGGCUACAACCGCCCGCAAGUUCCAUAAUCAA